GGAGUAUUUAAGAGCAGGACUGCAGGUGUCCGUGUUGUCAGAGAUGAAGAUGAAGAUGAUCCACAUACUCAGUGUAGCAUUUGUCGUCUCUCUUCUAAUGAACGGGUGUGACUCACAACUGGAUGAGUGUGGCAAAGCACGUUUCAACUCAAGGAUAGUGGGGGGAGUGGAUGCACUGGCUGGGGCUUGGCCAUGGCAGGUCAGCCUUCAUAGGAACGGGAGACAUUUUUGUGGUGGAUCACUCAUCAACAAUCAAUGGGUUCUGACAGCAGCUCACUGCUUUAACAGUGUUUCAACCUCUGGCCUAAUUGUGUACCUGGGACGACAGACACAGGAAGGAACAAAUGCAAAUGAGGUGUCUAGAGGUGUCUCUAGUAUCAUAAAACACCCAAACUAUGUUAGCAGCGCUUUCGAUAAUGACAUCACUCUUCUGCGACUGGCUUCGCCGGUGAAUUUUACUGACUUUAUCAGUCCGGUCUGUCUGGCUUCCUCAAACAGUAUGUUCUUCAAGCAAACCUCCAGCUGGGUCACAGGAUGGGGAACGAUAAAUUCAAGCACUCCACUGCCUUCACCGCAAACUCUACAGGAAGUGGAUGUGCCUAUUGUUGGAAACAGGCAGUGUAAGUGUCUUUAUAGUGCCUCAACAAUCACAGACAACAUGAUAUGUGCUGGACGAAUAGAAGGGGGCAAAGACUCCUGUCAGGGUGACUCUGGUGGUCCUAUGGUCAGCAAACAGGGCUCGCUCUGGAUCCAGUCUGGAGUUGUGAGCUUUGGCGAGGGUUGUGCUGAACCCAACUUUCCUGGUGUGUAUGCCAGAGUUUCUAAGUACCAGAACUGGAUCAAUGAGCAUAUCACCACCAACCAGCCAGGCUUCAUUACAUUCACCUCCAAUGGUACUGAUGGUGACCUGAGCAUCAGCUGUACUGAUGUGCCUGCCAUUACCACAACUACUGCCCCUACAACUACUGUCCCAAUGUGUGGCAAAGCACGUUUCAACUCAAGGAUAGUGGGGGGAGUGGAUGCACUGGCUGGGGCUUGGCCAUGGCAGGUCAGCCUUCAUAGGAAUGGGAGACAUUUUUGUGGUGGAUCACUCAUCAACAAUCAAUGGGUUCUGACAGCAGCUCACUGCUUUAACAGUGUUUCAACCUCUGGCCUAAUUGUGUACCUGGGCCGACAGACACAGGAAGGAACAAAUGCAAAUGAGGUGUCCAGAGGUGUCUCUAGUAUCAUAAAACACCCAAACUAUGUUAGCAGCACUAACGAUAACGACAUCACUCUUCUGCGACUGGCUUCGCCGGUGAAUUUUACUGACUUUAUCAGUCCGGUCUGUCUGGCUUCCUCAAACAGUAUGUUCUUCAAGCAAACCUCCAGCUGGGUCACAGGAUGGGGGACGAUAAAUUCAGGCACUCCCUUGCCUUCACCGCAAACUCUACAGGAAGUGGAUGUGCCUAUUGUUGGAAACAGGCAGUGUAAGUGUCUUUAUAGUGCCUCAACAAUCACAGACAACAUGAUAUGUGCUGGACGAAUAGAAGGGGGCAAAGACUCCUGCCAGGGUGACUCUGGUGGUCCUAUGGUCAGCAAACAGGGUUCGCUCUGGAUCCAGUCUGGAGUUGUGAGCUUUGGCGAGGGUUGUGCUGAACCCAACUUUCCUGGUGUGUAUGCCAGAGUUUCUAACUACCAGAACUGGAUCAAUGAGCAUAUCACCACCAACCAGCCAGGCUUCAUUACAUUCACCUCCAAUGGUACUGAUGGUGACCUGAGCAUCAGCUGUACUGAUGUGCCUGCCAUUACCACAACUACUGCCCCUACAACUACAACUGUCCCAAUGUGUGGCAAAGCACGUUUCAACUCAAGGAUAGUGGGGGGAGUGGAUGCACUGGCUGGGGCUUGGCCAUGGCAGGUCAGUCUUCAUAGGAGCGGGAGCCAUUUUUGUGGUGGAUCACUCAUCAACAAUCAAUGGGUUCUGACAGCAGCUCACUGCUUUAACAGUGUUUCAACCUCUGGCCUAAUUGUGUACCUGGGACGACAGACACAGGAAGGAACAAAUGCAAAUGAGGUGUCUAGAGGUGUCUCUAGUAUCAUAAAACACCCAAACUAUGUUAGCAGCAGUAACGAUAACGACAUCACUCUUCUGCGACUGGCUUCGCCGGUGAGUUUUACUGACUUUAUCAGUCCGGUCUGUCUGGCUUCCUCAAACAGUAUGUUCUUCAAGCAAACCUCCAGCUGGGUCACAGGAUGGGGGACGAUAAAUUCAGGCACUCCCUUGCCUUCACCGCAAACUCUACAGGAAGUGGAUGUGCCUAUUGUUGGAAACAGGCAGUGUAAGUGUCUUUAUAGUGCCUCAACAAUCACAGACAACAUGAUAUGUGCUGGACGAAUAGAAGGGGGCAAAGACUCCUGCCAGGGUGACUCUGGUGGUCCUAUGGUCAGCAAACAGGGCUCGCUCUGGAUCCAAUCUGGAGUUGUGAGCUUUGGCAAGGGUUGUGCUGAACCCAACUUUCCUGGUGUGUAUGCCAGAGUUUCUAACUACCAGAACUGGAUCAAUGAGCAUAUCACCACCAACCAGCCAGGCUUCAUUACAUUCACCUCCAAUGGUACUGAUGGUGACCUGAGCAUCAGCUGUACUGAUGUGCCUGCCAUUACCACAACUACUGCCCCUACAACUACUGUCCCAACUGUAGUGUGUGGACGUGCCAAUCUGAACACCCGUGUAGAAGGGAACAGCUCCCUUGUGUCUCCAGGCAUAUGGCCAUGGAUGGCCAGUCUGCAGUUCAACGGCAGUCACGUUUGUGGAGGAACGCUAAUUGCUGAACGGUUUGUCUUGAGCUCUGCCAGUUGUUUUACCAGCUCCAACAAUGCUUCCGAUUGGUCCGUGAUCCUGGGCCGUCUAAAUCAGAACGGCUCCAACCCCAAUGAGGUCUCUAUAAAAGUGGCGAAUCUCACCAUCAGCAAUGUCACAGGCGACAACGUUGCAGUCUUGCAGCUGGCCGUCGCACCAAACCUAACGGAUUUCAUUCAGCCUAUAUGCGUGGACGUGGGAGAGAAUACUUUCAGCGCUGAUACUCAAUGCUGGGUGGCAGGAUGGAGCUCAGGAGCAGGAGGAGUGAAUCAAACUCUUCAGGAAUCCAAGACCUCUAUUGUGGAUUGUGGAAACUCACAAAGCGACAGUAUUUGCACAAGUUCUUUGAACUUACAGCAGGGUGAUGAAGGGGGUCCGCUGAUGUGUAAGCAGGGUCUAUCAUGGAUCCAUGCUGCAGUUUUGACAAGUAGCAGAUCCCGCUCUGCUCUCCGUCAAGAUAUCCAGGUCUUAAGUAAAACCUCCAGCUUUGCAUCAUUCCUGAGAACUGUGCCUCGCUGGCAGACAUCUGUAGAGCUGCAGGCUGGGCGACCCAACACAUUCGCCAGAUUCUACACCUCCGAGUGGAGCCUGCGUCCUCUCUUGUACUCGCUCAUCCGGCCAGCACUGGACCCACUCAGGUGUCUUUGCUUGCUCGCCAUGGAUAAGUGCGAUUAUUCCUCAGCUGAGCCUUCUAUCGAAGCCCUGAGUUCCUCCAGCACUGUUGAUGCUGGUGCCAGUGUCUGUUGCCUGUGCGUCGGCUAG